AUGUUUGGCGUAUGUGCACAUACUUGGCAGCAUUUUACAGCCUCUAAAUUACCUUGCAAGGUGGGCUGCAUCAGGGUCUACCUCAUCAGUGUGCUCAUUUUACUAUUCGAAUCCCUUCUCUCCUCAUGUUUCCCAACUUCUCUCGUCGCCAUGCGUAGCAAACAGCCUGGUGCGCCUGCUCUGUACAUUGCGAACAGCAGGCGUAUCAAUUCGGCGGGCGACGAUGUCACCAUCGUCGUUGGAGGCAGCACGGCAAAGCCCACUGGGCGCAAACAACCCGCCGUCAAAAGCACGGUCGCGAGCUGCAAGGAGUCGGAUGCCACCGGAGUAGAGGAUGACGAGGAGGAAUGGCCUGAGGACGGGUGUUAUGAAGAUGACGAAGACACCCAUGACGUGGAGGCGGACAUCAACGAGGACGAGUGGUGGAACCAGGACUAUGCCGGUGAGGAGGUGGAGGAGUGGCACGCGGGUGACAGCUAG